UUUAAUCCAGUAGAUUUGGGAAAAAAAAGGGCAUCAGAUCAGAUAAAUAUAAAAACAGCUUGCAGUGUGCCCUGUUUUUAAAAAGACACCAAAUCUUCCGCAGAUCAUGGCUGCAUAUAGGAAAGACACCCUAACAUACCCCCUUGGUGACAGCUGUUCCCAGCAAUUCUGGCUAUGUAGAUGUUGAAGAGACAGCAGCUUCGAUGAUCUACAUAUUUACAAGCGAAUGGGAUUUAGUUGCCGCAGAGAGUCAGUAUACACAAUUGCUUCCUUUUAAUGUGGAUUAACUUUCAAUUUUUUUUUCCAAAAAUAGACAUUUGAGUAACCAUGCCUCCCAGUAGAUCGUUACGGUUCUGGACACUUCCGUGAAAUCGUGAAUCCCCUCCUCAAUCGUCCUCCCUACAUCAUCGAUAUGGAGCAAGCAUGGAAAACCUUAGCUGUAUUGAGCUGUAUUCUGUGAGUUCAAGUAGGGUUAGGAUUGAGGGUACUCGAAACCUGCUAGCAGUGUUGCUUCAUGGGCUGCGUUGGGGGAAGUUAUUUGCCUUUGGAAGUAGGGUUAGCAGCUAGCAGCUCUCUCUCCCACCUUGCAUCUUCCCUUGAUUACCAUCCUCAUUCAUCCCCUACUUCGCUGAGACUCUGUUAUACCUAUUUUUGUGUGUAUUUGAGUCUACUGUCCUGUUCUUAUUUAGAGAUAUGAGUUCCCGUGUCAACCCCAUUAAUACUCUUUGUACAGGAAAGAGAUUCCUGAAAAUUAGGAGUAGGGUUAUCAGGAUGUGGGAUAUAUGCCCUGUGAACGACCCAUUGAAUCCAUUUGCUAUCCAUAUUGUAUUAAUUGAUGCUGAGGUUGAGUCUUAACCAUAUAUAUCAAGCUCACAAGCAAUUUUUUUGAAUGUUAGUAGUCAUCGGUUUGUGUUUUGUGAUAUUUAGUGGCUUAUUUUGAUUUUUUUGCUAAUGAUAGGGCAACAAAAUUGAGGCCAGUGCUCGGAAGGAAUUUAUAUCUAAGUUCAGAUCAGAGCUGCGGGAAGGAAAGGUCUACAGGAUAUCUAACUUCAUAGUUGUGUCCAAUAGUGGUAAUUACAUGGCUACUGGCCACGAAUGCAAGCUGGUUUUCAAUGAAAAAACACAGUCCAUACUGGAGGAAACACCUUCCAUUCCACUGAAUGCAUUUUCAUUCAAGAAUUCUGAGGAGAAAUUAGCAACUGGUGGUGAAUCCGACUACCUAAUUGAUAUCAUUGGCUUAGUCACAAAUGCCUAUCAUUUGCAAUGACCAUUAACAAAAGUCAAGGGCAAAGUUUAUCUCAUGUGGGUGUAUAUUUGCCGAAGCCUGUUUUUACACAUGGUCAGCUAUAUGUUGCUGUUUCUAGGGUGAAGUCAAAGGAUGGGCUAAAGAUUCUAAUCAGUAGCGAUGGUACUAGCACACCCGGUGCCACUAAGAACAUUGUCUAUAAAGAGGUGUUCCAAAAAAUAUAUAGCUAGUGCUCAAUGUGCAUCAUACUUGCUUCCCAAGCGAGCUCUUUACAAUAUGUCAAGAUACACAUGCUGUGCUGGUUACAUGCCCUGCAGCAAAAGGUGUGGAGAAAGUAAAUGUCUUGAAUUUUGCUUUUGCACUGAGGAAAUAAUUGUUGAGGACAUAAAAUAUGGGCAGGGUAGGAACAUAGUUAGCGAUAGCACCUUCGCGCAGCGUAGCGGACCCCUGAAAUUGAGUGAUUUACUAGCGUUUUUGCCCUUUCUCUAUAUGGCUACUGUUAUUUUUCUUAGUUUAUAUUAUAUAUUUGUUAAGGUUAAGUUCAUCUUUCAUAUUUGCAGGAAACUGAAGCAGAAUUGAAAUUGAAAAAAUGUUCAGGAAUUGGCCAAGGUAGAGUUAAAUGCAGCCUUAGCAAAUGUGAAGGCAGCCCAAAUUGAAAAUGUAAAAUGUCAAAAUGUGAAUUAUUAUACACGAUUUUCAGUACAGUGGCAUUAAGGUUGUGGUGGGUCCAACCUGAUUUGAAAAAUGUAAAAUGUAAAAAUGUGAAUUUCUUAUCCUCAAUUUGUUGUAUAUGUACUUGGUUUGCCUCUUCAAAAGAAGAAUCAGACCACUACAACUUUCCUUAUGGUUGUGCUGAAUUUGAACUGCGUAUUAUUUUGUCAAUGGAAAGAUUUGUUUUCCUUGCA